UCUAAAACCCAGUGAUGUUUAAGAGUCAUCCACCGAGAGUGCCAGUCGGUGUUGAUAUACACAAACUCUUUAUGUUGGACGUACAACCAUACCCGACAAUGUAACAUUUAUCUUAAACCAGGGAACCACAUGAAUAUGAAGAGAUCGUUCAUUGUUGCUUCAAUAUUAUGUCUUCAUGAUACUUGUUUUCUGUAUCCAGCUUGUUAUGAAUGUGGAUCCCGGCUGCUUUUAAAUCUUGGGAGGUAUCAUUGCCUAAAACAUGGUUACGUGUCCACAGCACAGGAAACGCAUUACAGAUACAGGCUUUCUGUCAAAGUUGCCAGAAAAAAUGACAUAUUUAAUAUUACUGUCUUUGGGAGUUGCCUUGAACCCUAUUUUGGAGAAACAGCAGAAUGCCUACAGAGAUACUGUGAAGGUUUGAAGAAGGAAUUACAAGAGCAGAAAGAAAAAAAAAAUCAGGAUUUGCUUGUCCAAGCUGUGGAACACUGUUUUAUUGGAAGGAGCUUUAUCUUUGGAGUGAAGGCAUCUGAAUUUCUGCCUAGUAUGUGGUCACCAUCUUUGAGUCCCUUACAAGCUCCCAUCAGCAUGAAAAAAUAUGAAAAACACCUAGUGGCCUGCCAGAUUGCAGUACCAAACACUGCAAUCUAUGGAUGUACUGUUAUCAAUUAUUAUAAGCAGCUCUUAGAUUUAGACAAUCUCCAAGAUUGUUCUCCCAGUUCAAUGCUAUCUGAUAGUCCUUUCAAUACUGUUGAUCAGUCCAGUGCCAUGAUCAAGAGCUCCACAAGCUUGUUGUCAGGCAACACUCAGUCCUUCACCGAGUUAAAUGAUGCUAACCGAUUAUCGAAUCCUUGGCAACAGGAUUUUGCCCUUGUUUUAUCCUCAGGUGACUGUGUUGCAGUUGAAGAUCUUUCAACAGCAGACACUAGAAGAGUUCUUUCAAAGUAUAGCCCCUCCCACCAUGCAGCAGAAAAAUGCCAGAAUAGAAAAUGUAAUACAAGUACAUUGUUGCAUUUUCCAAAUUCAGAUUUUCAAAGUAGUAGUGAUAUCAAUCAAUAUAGCCCAACUGCAAUGGUGAGUCUCCCGUUGCCUAAUGAUGAUUGUAUGCAUCAAUAUUGUCAUACAAUCUUUGAGUUACAGAAAGACUCCGUCAAUUCGAGCUUUAAUAAGCAAAGAUAUUGUCUGCAAAACUCUAGAGACUCUUUGUCAAAUGGCAAAGAUUGUGAUGAGAACCAGUCUAUUGAUAAAUCUUAUAAUUUAUCAGAGGACAGCAUGGAUCACAUUGACCCCAUGUUGUGGGAUGACUUGCUGUUUUCUGAAAGUCUCGAUGAAUUUAUAGCAAAGGUAGAAGCUGAUCAGCAGAGAUGCAAUGAAGAAGUUGCUGUUGACUGUUCCAUACAUUCCUGCAGUUUGAAAAAAUUGAAAACUGAUGACCUUCUGAAUAGAACUCGAGGGCAAAGUCCAAGAUGCAAGAAAGUGUGUACAAAUUCUACUAACUGUAAUUUAAAAAGACCUAGGGAAUUUGGAACUAAAGAAAGCCCUUGUGUUGACUUAAAGAAUCCAAAGGGUCUUCUAAAUAGGGCUGUAGAUGUCUUCAAAAGUGACAUCACACGCAAGGAGAACUCUCUAGCAACUGCACCACCAAUGCUGCCAGUUGAUGACUCUAUUCCCAGUGGUACGUACCCUCCCACUCAGGACGCAGUUCUGCAGAUUUAUAGUACAAUUGUGAACCCAGUAAACAUAAGUAAUUGCAGCACCAAAUGUGUUCGAACAUGUGAAUCAAAGCUGCACAACCUCGAGGAGGAGCCACAGGACGAAUGCUCAAAGUUUCCAUCUGAGCAUAAAGCUACUCAAGUUAACAAGCUGGCAGAUCCCUUUUACAUUGCAAAUGAAUCUGAUUUACUGAAUAAUAUUGGUUUUCAAACUUGUUUGCCUUCUGGAAAACAAAUUCUAAAAAUGAAGAAAAGCAUUGACCGUGAGUUUCAAGACUCAAUGUGCAUUAAAGGACACUACAUAGGUAAAUAUGAUAUUAAACCUGUAAGCAUAUCUCAACUGUCAUCUGGUUCUACCUUCUAUAAAAACACCUCUUUCUAGAAUA